AUGCACAAAAAUGCACCACCAGCCCUGUUACUACCGCUAACGAUAGCAUCGACGCUGGCCAUAACCACAUCACCGAUACGAACACCCAGCAGUAGCAGCAACAGCCAGAUUGAGGCCAGCGGAUCUGUCCCAAGCCGGAAGGAAAAACGUGGCAUUUACGGUUUUGGUGGGUACGCACCGGCUGCACCGAUAUACGGACAUGCCUUCGGUCAUGCACAUGCCGUGCCCAUCGUUGCACCUCCGGCAUUUCCGGAUCAUCACGACAGCCUAGUGGUACCGGCAGCGGCUGGUGUUCCCGGGCCGUUCCUGGGGGCUCACGCACACACCCACACCGUCGUUACGAAGAAAAUCGGAAUUCCCAUUCCGCAACCGUACGCCGUUCCGGUCGAUCGUCCUUUUCCGGUUCCGGUGAAGGUUCACGUUCCCGUCCCGGUGGAUCGACCCUACCCGGUGGCAGUUCCGAAGCCAUUUGCCGUACCCGUCGACAGACCGUAUCCGGUUCCAGUUGACCGUCCAUAUCCCGUACCGGUGGCUCAUCCCAUUCCGGUUCCAGUAAUCAAACACGUUGGUGUUCCGGUGCCAGCACCCGUUCCGGUGGCCGUUCCCAAACCCUUCCCCGUCCCGGUUCAUCCGCCAGUGAUAGCACAUGAUGGACAUGAUCCGUGGGCAACGGCGAAACUUUGGUAGUUUGGCAAAAAAUGAGGUAGCUUCAUCCGUUCCUGUGAACCAAGCAGUGAAAUGUUCAAAGAACCAUCGGAAUCCGUUAGAUUUUUUUCUAUAUAGUACAAGUGAAAAAGGCCAACCAGGUUAGAACUUGGGUCGGGUAACCUUUUUAACAAAACAAUUA